UGCUGAGCAGGGGUUGCUUCAUUGCUCUCCUGGAUCCUACCCAGGACUAGAGUGGACAAAUUGGUCUGGGGCUGCACAGAGCGAUAGGACAUCUUGCUCAGGGGUUGGCAUUUGCAUUUGGGAGCCUCUUCUCAUUCUCCAAGCCAUGGAGGGUAUGGCUGUGCUUGACACUGUUGGGGUGGGGGACCUGGUGCUGCUGGACCCACUGACAGAAGAUACAUUGCUGGAAAACCUGGAGAAGCGCUUCAAGCAUAAGGACAUCUACACAUACAUUGGGAAUGUGGUGAUCUCAGUGAACCCAUAUGAGCCGUUGCCCAUUUACUCACAAGAGAAGGUGGAGGAGUACAAGGACUGUAACUUCUUUGCAGUGAAACCCCACAUCUACGCCAUCGCUGAUGAUGCCUACCGCUCACUGAGGGACCAGGACAAAGACCAAUGUGUUCUCAUCACUGGGGAGAGUGGGGCUGGCAAAACAGAGGCCAGCAAACUUGUGAUGUCAUAUGUGGCAGCUGUAUGUGGGAAAGGCGAGGAGGUGAAUCGGGUCAAGGAGCAGCUGCUGCAGUCAAACCCUGUGCUGGAAGCCUUUGGGAAUGCCAAAACCAUCCGCAAUGACAACUCUUCAAGAUUUGGCAAAUACAUGGAUAUUGAGUUUGACUUCAAGGGUGAACCUUUGGGUGGUGUCAUCAGCAACUACUUGCUGGAGAAAUCUCGAGUGGUACAUCAUGUCAAGGGGGAGCGGAACUUCCACAUCUUCUACCAGCUCCUGUCUGGAGGCUCUGACCAGCUGCUCAAACAGCUGAAACUGGAGCGGGACUAUAGCGUUUAUGGCUACCUUAACAAAGAGACCUCAAGCCUGCAGGGUGUGGAUGAUUCAGCCAACUUCAGAAACCUUCAGGAUGCCAUGCAAGCUAUCGGCUUCUCUUCAUCAGAGGUGACGGCAGUGCUGGAGGUGACGGCUGUAGUCCUGAAACUGGGCAACGUGCAGCUGGGGAAGAACUUUCAGGCCAGUGGGGCAGAGUCUUGUGAAAUCCAGGAUGACCGAGUGUUACGGGAAAUCUGUCAGCUCAUCCAGUUGGAUGAAACUGUACUGGAGCAGGCUUUGUGCUCACGUACAGUGGAGACCCACCAGGAGAAGGUGGUAACAACCUUGAAUGUCUCACAAGGUUACUAUGUGCGAGAUGCUCUGGCAAAGAACCUUUAUAACCGCCUAUUCAACUGGCUUGUUAGCAGGAUCAAUGAAAGCAUCAAAGUGAAAACGAAUGAGUACAAAAAAGUGAUGGGUGUGCUGGAUAUCUAUGGCUUUGAGAUUUUUCAGGACAACAGCUUUGAGCAGUUCAUUAUCAAUUUCUGCAAUGAGAAGCUGCAACAGAUCUUCAUCCUGCUGACCCUGAAGGAGGAGCAAGAGGAAUACAUUCGGGAGGGCAUUCAAUGGACAUCUGUGGACUUUUUUGACAACAGCAUCAUCUGUAACUUGAUAGAGGAUAGCAAAAGUGGGAUCCUGGCCAUGUUGGAUGAGGAGUGCCUUCGGCCAGGGGAGGUGAAUGAAACCACAUUCCUGGCCAAACUCAACCAUGUGUUUAAAGAUCACAAACAUUACGAGAGCAGAGCCACACAGAAUGCCAAACAUAUCAUGGACUCUAGUUUGUCUGCCAACAACUUUCGUAUUCACCACUAUGCUGGCAAGGUGACUUACAAUGUGGCUGGAUUCAUAGAGAAGAACAAUGACCUGCUCUUUAGAAACCUCUCACAAGCCAUGUGGAAGGCGAAGCAUACACUGCUACAUGCCCUCUUUCCUGAAGGAGAUCCCCAAAAGGCCUCACUCAAGCGUCCCCCAACUGCGGGCUCCCAGUUCAAAGCUUCUGUAACCACCCUCAUGAAGAACCUCUACACCAAGAACCCGAAUUACAUCAGGUGCAUCAAGCCCAAUGACACCAAAAAGCCUGCUGGGUUCACGGAUGCACUGGUUCGGGCUCAGGUGCGCUACCUCGGCCUGUUGGAGAACGUGCGGGUGCGUAGGGCUGGCUAUGCCUACCGGCAGGUCUAUGAGCCAUGCCUGGAGCGCUACAAGAUGCUCUGCAAGGAGACGUGGCCGUGCUGGAAGGGAAACGCUAGGGACGGGGUGCAAGCCCUCCUGAGCAGCCUGCCCAUUGAGCCCAAGGAGCUGGCGUACGGACACACCAAGAUCUUCAUCCGCACACCAAACACGCUUUUUGACUUAGAAGCCCGACGCCAGCGGCGCAUACAUGAACUGGCCGCCCUCAUCCAAGCAGCCUUCCGGGCAUGGAAAUGCCGUCGGCACUAUCAGCAGAUGCGCACGAGCCAGAUCACCAUCUCUGCCUGGUUCCGGGGCCAUGCGCAAAAGAAGAAAUAUACGAAAAUGAAGACAUCAGCUCUGCUUAUCCAGGCCUAUGUUCGAGGUUGGAAGUCUCGUAGACUCUUGUGGACGCUGAAGGAGCAGAGACACCGCACUCAGGCUGCUACUGUCAUUUCUGCUUACUGGAAAGGUUACCAGACACGGAAGGAAUACAAGAAGUAUUUCCGCUCUGGAGCCUCCGAGCGCAUUGCCAAUUUUAUUUACUCAAGCCUGGUGCAGAAAUUUCUCUUGGGCCUGAAAGACAAUCUCCCUCCCAUGACUGUGACAGACCACUCGUGGCCACCUGCCCCAUACAAAUUGUUCACAGACGCUAACCAAGAACUAAAGAAGAUCUUCCACCACUGGAGGUGUAAGAAAUAUCGGGACCAGCUGCCACCACAGAGAAGAGCUCUCCUGCAAGAUAAGCUGAGUGCCAGUGAGAUUUUCCGGGGCAAAAAAAGUUUGUACCUCAAGAGCCUCCCACAGCCUUUCCGGGGGGAAUACCUGGGUUUGAAGGAGAACCCCAAAUAUCGUAAGCUGCAGUCCACAGCUGAUGGGAAGCUGGUUAUGGCCGACAGCGUGAGGAAAGUCAACCGAGGGGAUGGGAAGGCCUCUCCUCGACUCUUCCUUCUCACCAAGAGCCACAUCAUCCUGGCUGACCCCAAGGCUGCCCAGCCCAAAACGGUGAUCACUCUGAGCGACAUUGAGAGCGUCUCCGUCAGCCGCUACUCGGAUGGGUUCUUUGUUCUGCACAUCAAAGAGUCUUCCACAGCGAACACCAAAGGGGACUUGUUGCUUAUCAACGACCACCUGAUUGAACUGGUCACCCGGCUCAACCAAGCCAUGUUGGAGGCCACGAGGCAGAAACUGAAGCUCCAAGUGGCGGAUGAGUUCCUGGUGAGGUUCAAGCAAAGCAGCAUCACAGUUAAGGUGACGGAGACGGCCAAGAAACAGGACGCAGCACCGAUCUGCAGGAAGAAAGGCAGCCAAAGAAUGGAGGUGUUGGUCCAGUGAAGUGAAGCUGGACUGGAGCAACAUGAGGAUGCCUGUCUGGGGUCAGCUACGUUGGACUCCCUGGGAUCCUGGAUCUGUGACUUAGGUCUGGCCCUUUGUCAGCUUCAGACCAUCUCGGUCUCUCGCCCCAUCAGAAUGUUUACCUCAGGGCAGCUAAAAGAAACACAUCCAUUCAGAAGCCAUUGAGACAGGCCAGUUUCCCCGUUUGCUACAGACACAGAUGACAUAUUGCAUCUGCAUUACUACUGACAUCUAAAGAAAUGGAACCUCCCCUCUAGAAGC